AUACGCACGCAACGCAAAAGCGGGUUUGUGAUUGUGAGGAAACGCUUAGAAGCAUCUUCAAUCUUUCAUUCUUCUUCUUGUAAAGUUUUUAGGAUUAAGGGAUGGAGUUGAUGUCUCAUUGUUCGAGCUUCCUUCUUCCGCCGGAGAAGGAGAAACCAAACGCUGCCAACAGCACUUGUUCUCUUUCUGUAAGCUACGCUCUCGUUGUUCUCAAUCAAUGCCUUCCCAGAUUUGCUCCUCUGCUUUGGGACCACGCGCAGAUACGAGUGUGCGCUGAUGGAGGUGCCAAUCGGGUGUAUGAUGAAAUGCCUCUUCUCUUCCCUCAUCAACAUCCUUCCCAUGUUCGCACCAGAUUUUCAGUGAAGCAUGUUGCAAAGGAUGGGGCUAGCUGUGGGCAGCGAGGAUCACGACUCGGAUAUUAUAUUUCUAGCUAGUUUCUAAGUUUAGAAAUUUUAUGAGAUUUAAAUAAAUGCAUAAGACAUAUUUCCUUUAUUUAAACUUUAGUCUUUGGUUUUAUUUUUAAUGUAAUAAAUUUAGCCUUGCACCUGUCCAUAGUACAAGUGCGGCAGUAACACUUUCCAAAUUUGAUUAUUUUGAACU